CUUUUUUUCUUCUUCUUUUAUCUCUCUCUCUCUCUCUCUNUCUGCUCCCAAAAUCUGAUCCUCUCAUAAACCCCAUUAGUCCACACAGAGGAACCCACCUUUGUUGGGUCCUCCACCCCCAUCCCCACACCCAUUAGCAGACAUGGCAGAGCACAACAACAAGAAGCCAUCAGCAGCAGCACCACCACCACCACCAUCAUCGCCCGCUCCAACACCCCCAUCCUCAGAUAUCAUAAUUGCAAACCCAAACAAAGAUCAAAACAAGAAGCACCAACAACAAUUGGCUCCCAAGCGUACUUCCAAUAAAGACCGCCACAAGAAAGUGGAUGGCCGUGGGCGUAGGAUCCGCAUGCCUGCCCUCUGCGCCGCCCGCGUCUUCCAAUUGACCCGCGAAUUAGGCCAUAAGACCGACGGCGAGACCAUCCAGUGGCUCCUCCAGCAAGCUGAGCCCUCCAUCAUGGCCGCCACUGGCUCCGGUACCAUCCCUGCCUCUGCUCUCCAUGCCGCCGGCGUCUCCCUCUCGGACCCCGACACCUCCGUCUCUGUGUCCGCCACCCAGACCCCCAAAAUUGACGCCGUCCCAAGACUGAAUUGGGCGAUGAUGGGGGCCAAUUUGAACAGAUCUCACAUGGGUACGCCCGGAUUCUGGCCGUCCCUAGGCGGAAUCGGGCCGGGGUUCGUCAGCGAGAAUCCGGGUUCGAUUAUGCCCAAAUUCGGGUUCCAUGGAUUCGAAUUUCAGGGGAUGAAUUUGGGAUCCGUGAAUUUCCCGACGCUAAUCGGGAAUCAGCAGCCGCAGCAGCAAAUACCGGGACUGGAGCUAGGGCUUUCGCAGGAGGGGAAUAAUGUAAGAGGGAUGUUGAACCCGCCUUCGUAUUCCCAAAUCUAUCACCAAAUGGGGCAGAGUCGGGACCCCUCUGCGGCGCCAUUGGAGCAGGACCAAGCUCCCGAUAAAGACAACUCUCAAGAAUCGAGAUGAUAUGGGAUUUGUAAGACCUAAAAAUAGCACUAAGAAUUGCGUAGCGGAAAGAGAGAGAAGGCAAAGCGAAGAGGACGAAGAUUGAAGAUUGCUUCAUAUUUGCAGUGUGUUUGGGUUGAUCAAAUUAAGGUGGGGAGUUCUGAGGAGGAGCGAGUGGUUGAGUUCACUGCAAGAGUGAUCUGAUUUUGUUUGUUUUCUUCCAUAAAUAAUUUGUAGAAAAGAAAAAUGAUUGUAAUAUUAGUAAUUUAUGUGAACAUAAUAUUGGAAACUUAUUCCAUCAAUAAUCUAUCCAUUCCAAAUUUGUGG